AUGUUUCAAUAUCUUGUAAAAAUAAUUGUUUUCUAUGUAUUUUUGGUUGCUUGUGCUCUGGCGUUUUGGAAGAUCUUUUACUUUUCCCUUUGGCAAGGAAAUACUAGAAACAAGGGUUUUCUGACAGGAAAGAGUACCGCCGAAGAGGAUUACAAAUCUACAGAAACAUUACAUCACUUUCAUCCACAAGAUAAGAAUACGAUCAAGAAAGUUAAACCUAGACGAAAUAUCAUUAUAAUUUCUCAUGGGCGUUCUGGGUCUACGAUCAUCGGUGAUAUUUUCAACCAUCAUUCGUCUGUGUUUUACCUCUUCGAACCUCUUCAAACAGCUCGAAGAAUGGAAAAGCAAAAAUUAGAAUUGCGAGAAAGCUACAAAGCCUUCAUGGCAAAUUUUCUCACUAGUAUCUUUCGGUGUGAAUUUAACGAGACAAUAGUGGCAGACAUUCAAWMAUACUACCGCAAACACCCUACAGCAAGCAUAGCUGUAAGCUCAACGCCACUAUGCCCUUUCAACGUAACAGAUACACGAUGGAAUACAAUGUCAUGCCAACGGUUAACAAGGGAAAGAUUGGAGAGCGCUUGUCGAAUUAACUACGAAGUUACUGUCAUCAAGAUACUUAUUAAUCGUAUCGAAGAUUCAAGUAUCAAGAAUAUUCUAAAUGCGUGUAAUCCCCCUGACAUCGAUUGUAAAAUUAUUUUUCUACUUCGAGAUCCUCGCGCUGUCAUUGCUUCUUCUCGAAAUGUUGGAUUUUUUAAAAACGAUCGUCCAGGGGAUAGCUCAAAACCAGAGUUACGACGUUAUUCGCAUGAACAAUGCAAGAGAAACGAGGAGAACCUAGUAUUUGUUCUUAAUCUAGCCUCUUUCUGGAGAGAGCGUGUUAUGAUUCAGCGAUAGUAUUUAUAUAGCGCAAAAU